AUGGGCAUUUCAAAUUUUUCAUGGACUUCCUUUCUUCUUACAUUUCUGGGGUUGUGUGUGGUCAAUGGGCAGCCCCUGGUCCCUGCAUUGUUCAUAUUUGGAGACUCUGUUUUUUAUGUGGGCAACAACAAUUACAUUUACACCAUUGUCAAAGCCAACUUCCCUCCUUACGGAAGAGACGAAGUCACCCACAAACCAACCGGCCGGUUCUGUAAUGGAAAACUUGCCUCUGACUUCACUGCUGAGAACCUAGGCUUCAUCUCAUACCCAUGGCCAUAUCUUAGCAAGAAAGCCAGAGGAAAUCACCCCUGA